UGUUGCUAUCUGUAUUUGUUGUCUGUUUGACUCCUGAAAAUAUCGAAGAACUUCUUAGUCUUCACAAUCGUUACAGAAAAGCCAUCUCCUCUGAACAACAGGCAUAUAAUGUAUCAAAUAUGAACAGCCUGGAAUGGAGUGAUAGAUUAUCAGUGCAAGCAGCAGAAACCGCCACUUGCCGGUCUGCCCGCCCUAGACAACUUGAGCUUGUAAGGAACACUUUCGGCCAUGUCAAUGUCGGCAGACGUCGCCAUGGAAACGGUAACCUUUCCCAGAUCGUUGACAUGUGGUUCGCUGAAAGGUCAAGGUAUUUGCCCGAGGAAGGUGAAUGUUUUCCUUGGGAUGGCUGCACCAGUUAUAAAAAUAUGAUAAAUGCUAAACACAGAAAGAUGGGCUGUGCCACAGCGGAGGGUUGCGGCAGGGGCUUGUCCUAUGUUGUGCUAAUGUGCCUUUACGAGGGAGG